UAUUCAGGACAUGAUGACUAUGAUGAUGUCGAUUCCAUAUCAGGGGAAAUAAAUCCACCUAUUGAUGAUAAUCAAGUUCGAUUAUUUGUAGCAUUAUUUGAUUACGAUCCUUCCAUUAUGUCACCUAAUGUGGAUUUCAUUGAUGAAGAGUUACCAUUUAGAGAAGGACAAAUUAUAAAGAUCUAUGGUGAAAAAGAUGCUGAUGGUUUUUAUCGUGGUGAAUGUAAUAAUAGAGUUGGUUUUGUACCAUGUAAUAUGGUGUCACAAGUUAGUUUUGAUGAUCCUGAAAUUAUAGAUCAGCUAUUAAUAGAAACAUCUUCCCAACUGACACAAAACGGUCUCUCCUCUUCUGAUGGUGGAGGUAAAAAAAGGAUGGUAGCUUUGUAUGAUUAUGAUCCACAAGAAUUAUCACCUAAUGUUGAUUCUGAGAUUGAGCUAUCAUUUAAAGCGGGUGAUAUUAUCAAUAUAACGGGUGAAAUGGAUGAAGAUGGUUUCUAUGUGGGUGAAAUGAAUGGUGUACGAGGUUUCGUACCUUCUAAUUUCCUACAAGAAGCUCCA